AAUAGGCACGUACAAAUUCAACGAAUCAUUCACUAUGCUGGUUCGCCUGGCAUAUGCGACGACGGUCCUCCUGAUCCUGCUCAGUGGAUCAACCAGAGCCAUUCGAGUGGCGCCGCUGAGCGCCAAGCAGCAGGAAAGGUUAUCCCAGGGGGCCAGAGCGUUCGAAGGUCGCGUCGUAGAUGGCACGGAUGCGGAGCUGGGUCUGGCGAAGUACCAGAUCUCACUGCAGGGAAGCUAUUACUACGAUCACAUGUGCGGUGGAGCGAUCCUCAACGAGCGGUGGAUCGUGACGGCGGCCCAUUGUGUUUACGGAUAUAAUCCCAGCUAUCUGCGGGUGGCCACCGGCACUAUUCGUUGGGCCGAACCCGAUGCGAGGUACUUUGUGGAGGAGUACUGGGUGCACUGCAACUACAACGUGCCUAACUACGCCAACGACAUUGCCCUGAUCAAGCUGAACGACUCGAUUGUGUUUAACGAGGUCACACAGCCCAUAGCCUUGCCCAAGGAGCCGCUGGCCAAUGGAACAGAGCUCCUGCUCACUGGAUGGGGAUCUACCGAACUGUGGGGUGACUCCCCUGAUGUGCUGCAGAAGGCCUCCCUCACGUACGUCGAUUAUCCCACCUGCCAGAAGUUGAUGGACAACGAUCCCCUGAACGGUCAUUGCCACGUGUGCACGCUGACGUCGGGCGGACAGGGCGCCUGCCAUGGCGACUCCGGAGGUCCGCUGACAGCCAACGGACAGCUGUACGGCGUGGUCAACUGGGGCUAUCCCUGUGCCACUGGCGUCCCCGAUAGCCAUGCCUCCAUCUACUUCUACUCGGACUGGAUUCGAUCCACGAUAAACGGACCCUGCAAGACCUGCCACUGCUAUGCCAGCAACUAUCCCAGUCUGUGUGCAUUUGGUGUUUCCGCUGAUCCUGCGGCGUAUCCAGUCGAGGUAGUACCACACAUUCGCCUGGACAUCGGGUCCGCCCGAGUCGCCGUGACAGGCGCCCUCGCCCUCACGGGAGUAGGUGCAGAUGUGCCCCACACCCAUGCUGCUGGUCUGAUUGAAGAUCUCCUUACACUCGUCGAGGGGUACAAAGCCCAGACUGAGCUUCUGCAGGUUCUCCGCGGAGCUGCCAUAGGCCUCCUCCGCACCCCAUCCGGUGAGGACUAUCUCAUCCCCCACCCGGACAGGCCGCGUUGGCAGCUUAAUGGGUUGGGUCAGCUCGUUGAAGGUGAUGUUCUGAGUGAGCUUCACCAGGGCAAUGUCGUUGUGCAAAUACGGCUGAUCGUACAUGCAGUGCAUGUGGAUCUCGGCGGUGUAGUACACUGCCCCGGGCUCUGCCCAGCGAUUCGUCCCGGUUAUCACGUUCACCAUCGCCGGAACGAAUGUCUCCACGCAGUGUCCGGCGGUGAUGAUCCACUGCUCGUUGAGAAUAGCCCCACCACAGUUGUGGGCGCCCACAACGGGCUGCAGGGACACCUGAUAGAGGAUCUGCAGAUCAAUGGGACUGUUGCCCCACAAUAUGGUGGAGCCCCAGCCAGUGAGAACCACUUCGGCUCCCGGCUGCAUGGGGGCCACAGGCAGAGGAAUCGGCUGUGUCCGUUCGUUCCACACAAUAGAGUCGUUCAACUGCAACAAAGCGAUGUCGUUGUGCAUCGACGGGUUGUCGUAGUUGCAGUGGAUGUGUACGGCUUGGACAAAGUGACGAUUUUCCCUGAUAUUGUACUGAUUGGUACCGGAGACGACCACCAUCAGCUGUACAUUUGCGCCCUGGACACAGUGAGCGGCGGUCAGGACCCACUGUUCGGCAAUGAUCGCACCACCGCAGGAUUGUGCUGGAACCUCUUUUUCGCCACUUAUCGAAGUCCGAUAAAAAAUCUGUUUAUGGCCACGAUUGGUCGAAGCAGAACCUUUGGUCAGGCCACUUUGCUUUACAGUAUCAAUCACAAUCGACGAAGGGUACAACCAAUAUUUUCGGGCUAUCCAACCCCAGUCUUUGCUUGGAUAUCGGCCAUGAUAUUACCACGGUGCCUCGUACUCUACCUAUUUGUGGGAUUUUUUAAUGGCACCUUGGGGGCUAGGCAAGAGCAGUUCAUAGUGGGUGGCCAGAACGCCGCCGAGGGUGAUGCUCCGUACCAAGUCUCCCUGCAGACCGUGCCGGGCGACAGUCAUCUAUGUGGUGGUGCCAUCGUCUCGGAGCGCUGGAUACUCACCGCCGGACAUUGCGUGAAGGGUUAUCCGGCGGACAGGCUCCAAGUGGCCACCGGGAGCAUUCGCUAUACGCUGCCAGGAGCUAUAUACUAUCCGGAGUCCAUUUACCUGCACUGCAACUACGACCGUCCCAAGUACCACAACGACAUUGCUCUGCUGCGGCUGAACGAGAGCAUUGUCUACGAUGCUCUGACCCAGCCUGUGGCUCUGCCCACUGCAGCCUUUCCCCAGGGAACAGCGGAGCUCCUCUUCACCGGCUGGGGGUCACAGUCGGUGGCUGGUACUCUUCCCGUUCAGCUGCAGCGUGUCCAGCAGCAGCACAUCACCAGCCAGGUCUGCUCGACCCUGCUCGCCGCCUACGAGGAUGUGGAGCUGGGCGCCUGCCAUGUGUGUGGUUUUCGUCAGGCGAACAUUGGCGCCUGUCAUGGCGACUCGGGCGGACCUCUGGUCUACGAGGGAACCUUGGUGGGGAUUCUCAACUUCUUUGUGCCGUGCGCCCAAGGGGUGCCCGAUCUUUUCAUGAAUGUCAUGUACUACAGAGACUGGAUCCGGCAGACCAUGAGUGGCAAUGGAAAGUGUUACCAGGUCCAUAAACAACAAAUUGGCUAAAUAAAUAAAUGUAUGUAUUUGAAAACCA